GCUGCGGACCCGAGGGAGGGAACGGUUAAAUUAAAGCCUUGCCAUCGACCGUGAGCCCAGAGAGCCCGACUCUGCAGCCUCCCUCACGCCCCCGACCCACCAGAGGCGGCGACACCUGAUCCAGCGCACCGACACGGGUCCCUUCUGUCCCGGAUACAAUUACGCGGCAGAGGCACACUCAAACUCAGGCGCAGCAGCUGCGAGACGAGCUAUGAAGUCUUACACACCGUACUUCAUGCUCCUGUGGAGUGCGGUUGGGAUAGCAAGAGCUGCCAAAAUCAUCAUCGUGCCUCCAAUUAUGUUUGAAAGCCAUAUGUACAUUUUCAAGACACUAGCCUCGGCCUUGCAUGAGAGAGGCCACCACACAGUGUUCCUCCUCUCGGAAGGCAGAGACAUCGCCCCGUCUAAUCACUACAGCCUCCAGCGCUACCCAGGGAUCUUCAACAGUACCACCUCGGAUGCAUUCCUGCAGUCCAAAAUGCGGAAUAUUUUCUCUGGAAGAUUGACAGCUGUCGAGCUCUUUGACAUAUUGGAUCACUAUACUAAGAACUGUGACAUGAUGGUUGGCAACCGAGCAUUAAUCCAGGGUCUGAAAAGAGAAAAGUUUGAUCUGCUGCUGGUGGACCCAAAUGAUAUGUGUGGAUUUGUGAUAGCUCAUCUUUUAGGGGUUAAAUAUGCUGUAUUUUCCACUGGCCUUUGGUAUCCUGCUGAAGUGGGUGCUCCUGCUCCUUUAGCUUACGUUCCAGAGUUUAACUCACUCCUCACAGACCGUAUGAACUUGCUGCAGAGGAUGAAAAAUACCGGCGUUUACCUCAUUUCCAGAUUAGGGGUCAGCUUUCUGGUUCUUCCCAAAUACGAAAGGAUAAUGCAGAAGUACAGUCUGCGACCAGAGAAGUCCAUGUACGAUUUGGUUCACGGGUCCAGCCUGUGGAUGCUGUGUACCGACGUAGCACUGGAGUUUCCCAGGCCCACCCUGCCCAAUGUUGUCUACAUAGGAGGGAUCCUCACCAAGCCAGCCAGCCCACUACCAGAAGAUCUCCAGAGGUGGGUCAGUGGUGCUAAAGAACAUGGCUUCGUCCUGGUAUCUUUCGGAGCUGGUGUAAAGUAUCUGUCAGAUGACAUCGCUAACAAACUGGCAGGAGCUCUGGGGAGACUGCCUCAAAAAGUGAUCUGGAGGUUUUCUGGAGCCAAACCAAAGAAUCUAGGAAACAACACUAAGCUCAUAGAGUGGUUACCACAAAAUGACCUGCUAGGGCAUUCAAAUAUCAAAGCCUUCCUGAGCCAUGGUGGUUUGAACAGUAUUUUUGAAACUAUGUAUCAUGGUGUACCUGUAGUGGGAAUCCCACUCUUUGGAGACCAUUAUGAUACUAUGACCCGGGUACAGGCAAAAGGCAUGGGGAUAUUGCUAGAAUGGAAGACAGUUACUGAAGGAGAGCUGUAUGAAGCACUGGUGAAAGUUAUCAAUAAUCCCAGCUACCGGCAGAGGGCUCAGAAGCUGUCGGAAAUUCACAAGGAUCAACCUGGCCACCCUGUCAAUCGAACUAUCUAUUGGAUAGAUUACAUUCUUCGCCACAACGGAGCCCAUCACCUCCGUGCCGCUGUCCAUCAAAUAUCUUUCUGUCAGUAUUUUUUACUGGAUAUUGCCUUUGUGCUUUUGCUCAGUGCUGCAUUGUUUUACUUCCUCCUGUCCUGCGUGACAAAAUUUAUCUACAGAAAAAUCAAAAGUCUGUGGUCUAGAAAUCAGCCUAGCACAGUUAAUGGACAUUACCACAAUGGGAUCCUGAAUGGCCAAUACAAAAGAAAUGGCCAUAUCAAACAUGAGAAGAAGGUGAAAUGAGCCAACAGCUGAGAGAAUGGAAACAAACCCCUUCAGUCACUGAAUUUGGAUCACUCUAAUUUAGUCUAACAGCUACUAAAAGUAAAAUGUUAGUAAGCAAUUUUAACACUCCCUUAUCAGAUCUUACUAAUGAAAUUCUUUGGAAUUAAGAUGGCUGUAAAAAGCACAAACCUAAAAUGCAAAAAUGUAUUUUAUUCAAAUACUGAUGCAGAGUUGACACUGAAUUUUAGAAGCCUUAAUUAUUUAAAACAAUUAAGGGACCGUGUCAGACUUUAGUUUUAAGUCUUGAUAUGUGUAUGUGUCUCAGAUAAGGAAUGGUUUC